AUGCCGGGUGUGCCGGUGGUACCAGGGCCAUACACGGUGCAUGUGCCGCUUCCCCAAGGCGCGCGCUGGUAUCGGCGCCACGUCGGGUACCUCUAUCUGGCUUGGACGCUGAGUACGAGUGCAUGGUAUCUCGCCAUCUUGGACCCGAGCGCCACGAACGACCACUGGUGGCCCAGCUUUGCUACGCGCACGACACAAACGUUCUUGGGGGACGUCUUCAACGCCCAGCUACGGCUCGGCCAAACGGGCGCGUUUUCUCUCUGCUCAGACCGCUUCAGCAUGGCCAAGUCGUACGCGGCUCCUGCGACGUUUAUGGACGUCGAUCCCGCGUCACCGCGCCGUAUUUUGCAGUCGACGACGUCGUCGAUGGAGACUGCGAUUGCCGUGAUGCGCACCAACACACUCGACAUCAACAUCCGCAUGUUUGCACAGUACUGCUGGGCCGACUUGGAUCGGCGCUACGAGCUCUCGACGUCGGCCGGGCGCGCGUCGCGGUGCCAGCAGCAAUAUCGCGACAACGCGGGCGUGUAUCUCGAAGCCAUGCUGCGCAAUGUCGAUGCAGCGCUGUUGACCACGGACGACUUUGCGAUGCCGCUGCAAGUGGCUGUCUUUCGAGGCAUCGCCGCCGCCUCAUCGGCGGGCAAGGCGUGGGUUGCUGCUGUGAUGACGCACACGUGGCUCUCGGUGGCGGACGAAGUCGCGCACUGGCGAGGAUGCAAUCUGAGCUACUGGCGGACGCAAGUCACCAACUACUACCAGCAAGGGCUCCAGAGCAGUAUUGUCAUUGUCAACGCGCUCGGUCACGAGCAGCGCGUCACGAUUGCGCAAAUUUCGUUUGUGCAGCGCCCGCUGUCGCAGUGGACGUUUGCAAGCGGCUACAACGGGUUCUGGAACGACCUAUGGCAAUGCGAAUACAAAAACUGCAGCCUCGUACGAGGCAUUCCGCCGAUUCUCGACGACUGGGAGAGCAUCAACUACGGCACGAGCGACAACGCCUCGGUGCUGAUCUCGCUCGUGCACAACCACAUUGGCUCGUUUGGAAAUCUGGAUCUGACAUUGGUGCAGAUACCUGCAGCGCUCGCGACCCUCUUCUUUGCCGUACAAGCCAUGCAGAGCCAACUGCGGCUGCCAGAAGUGGCCAAAAUAUCCGUGGGCGCCGUGCCGCCAUCGUGGAGACUUUGGAAUGCAACGUACUUUGGCGGCAACCCAAUGUGCAUUGGCACGUCGGGCCAGACGUUUGUGCAGCCGCCAAUCGGCUUUUACGACGCGUGCGCGACCGAGAGUGAGGACGUGUAUGCGCUCGACACUGCGGCAACAUUUUUCGCUAUCGUGGCCAUGUCGCUGGACAAAUCUCAGGUUGCAGACGUCUGUAGUCUCUGCAGCGACGGCACCGGGGCUUGCACGACUCUGCUAACAACAACCCUAACCGCGGUCCCGGACGGCACUGCCCUAGCACAGAUGGCGUCGUCGGCCGUCGCCAAUCUGAGUUUGUCGAUGCUGCAGUUUGCGUCGGUCAACGAUACCCCCGUGUUUUUGGAGGAAGCCCUCUUUCCGGCCGCGUUCACACCCUGGACGUUCUUUAGCUGGACCAUUCUCUACGACUGGCUCCAGGGUCGCCGAGAAGUCUACCAAUUGGAGGGCAACGUCAGGUCGUUCACGCUACCCACACGCCGGCACGACUACCUGGCGCUUCCUGCCAACCCGCUUGAGAUGCCGCAGAAGGUGUGUUUGUACAUUUGGUACAUGGUGUUUUACAUCACACUGCUCCUUGGCGCUGUUAUCGUAUGUAUUUUGGUGUGCCGAGACCGUCGGUCGCGCGCCUCGAGCUACGACCUCUUCUUCUACAACCGCGUCGUGGGCUCCAUCUGGAUCGGACGGCCACUCCUGCUCCUACGCGGGUGCUCGGCUCUUGCGCUUUUGAGUACGUCGCCCGUCGUCCUCAGCGAAUCGGGUGGGAUGACCAAAUUCAUUUUUGAGCCGAGGUCCCUGCCGAACAUUAUGAUCAUUGCAAGCGAGGCGACUUGGGUUUCGUACGUCCUCGUCGACUUCCUCCUGCCUCUCACGGGACGUUUUGCCAAAUUAUAUGCGCCGUACAGCAGCUCGUUCGCAUGGUCGAUUCUUGUGCUCUGGGAAGUCGCAUCGCCGUACGAAGCGAUCGCAAUUGUUGGUCACGACUGCGAUAUUGUUGAGCUGGGCCAUCAAGCGCGCUGCACCGGUGGCACCGUGGCCAUCGGCAGCUGGACGCAUUUUCUCGGGGGCUCCCUCGUGACGGUAAUCUGUGUGCUGCUGCCGAUCGCCAUUGGCUGGGUGGCCAAGGGACGCGUGCGAUUGGCCACGAAUCAUGCGCUCGUGCCCGCGGCUGCCGACGUCUUUCUCUCGCACGCGCGCAGCUUCUCGUCGCGCCUUGACUCGACGACAGCGAUCAUGACGGGCAUCAUUCCGUUGCGGCGCAAGCUCUUUGACAUCAAAAUAUGGCUCGUGCUCGAUCGACCGCAGCUGGCCAACAUGCUGCCGCAAACAAUCACCAACCCUAUGACGACGACAACGUCGUCCCGUCUCGUGAACCCCACUCGGCCGAACUACGCUCUAAUUCUACGGGCAAUCGCAGGCGUGAUCUACACGUUCAUUUACGUGUCCGAGACAGCGAUGGCCAACGACUUUAUCUGGGCGUCCUUUGGCUCGAGCAGUCACCAGACGUUUUUGGCCAACUGGUUUUCGAGGCAGCUUCAGAUCACGUCGGCCGCAGCAUCCGUCGACGUUACCAAACGCGCGUUUGCCGACGACUCGAACGCCUACAACGAAUCAUCGACGACAGUGCAAGCCACUGUGCUCUACGCAAGCAUGAUUCAAGACGAAGCCAACUCGCUUGCCAACGUCAUUGCGGAGCGUGGAAGCAUCGCUGACGAGGUACUGUACUGGGAGCGCCAUAGCAUCUCGCACUACGUUGGCCAGUGGCAGACGUACAAGACUCUUGGCGCGAUCCAGACGUACUCGAUCCAGAAUGCUGUCGGAGUCCAGUACCCCUUGAUGCUUCGAUACAGCAACAGCUCGUUGCACCCUGCGACGCAGACGUCGUUCAAGAUGCAGCUACCCCUCGCGAGCUACUUCUGGCACGUGACGAGCAACGCGUCGCUUAUCGUCGGCCGCAGUCUUUUGCGGCAGAGUCCGCAUUUUGCGUUUGCCAACAUCAGCAUAGUCUCGCUUUUGAUCACGAACGAGACGCUGACCGCACCGCUGGACCCCAAUCUCGCUCUUGUUCAGAACCAGAUUGGGCCGUUUGGAGCCAACCUCUUGCUACGCGUGACGUGUCCGCCCGUGCUGCGGCAAUGGUACGAGCACACCCACGCCCAUCUGAUGGCGCUGGCAUCGGCAAACGAAACGACGGCCCUCGCCUUCCGGGCCAUUGGCACCCCCAUCGCGCUGUCUGUGAUUCCGAUCGCGUGGAUGUCGGAGGGUUUGUUUACCGGCGGCAGCGUCCUCUGUCCGUCAGAGAAGCCCAGAUCCGUCACCGUAAGCUCCUUUGGCCCCAGUGGUCCUUGUGCGCUUGGUGCGAUGGAAGAGCUCGACAUCUCCAACAUCAAAGCUCUCAUGGCACUCAUCGCUGUGGAGACGCCUACGAUCAACGCCUCUGCCAUCUGCGUACGGCAGCAAGGGUCGCCCGCCGCGUGCACGGACAUGCUCUCGAACGCUGCUGGCUUUCUCCGCAUGUUCGUUGCGGCGCCCGAUUCGGCGCUCGUGGAUCUUUCGUCCGCCGCGCAGCGCCAUGUGACGGAGACCGUGUCGCUCAAGCUCGUGCAGUUUACCGACAGCGGGCGCUUCUUGCAAACGCCCGUCUUCGCGGACGAAGGGUUCCGCGUGUUUGCGUGGAGCCAGCUCAUCGACUGGGUCCUCGGCCUGCGCGAAGUCGUGACGUUUCUCGGCGAAGAAGGCUCGGUCACGACCAUCUCGACGCUCGUGCACGCAGUCGUCUCGCCCGUGAACCCGCUCGAGGUGCCUGUGAACGUCGCUCUCUACUGCCGCUACGUGCUCUUGUACAUCACGUCAGUUCUCAUCAUCGUCGCGGUCCUUGCGCUCGCGUACCUCGCUUCCAACAAAGGGUUUCUGGAAGGCGCCAACCUCUUUGCGCUGAACCGCGUCUUGGGGCUUGUAUGGAUUGGGCGACCGCUGCUUUUGCUGCGGGGCGCCACGGCGCUCUGUCUCCUUGCUACCGCGAGCGUUCAUUUGACGCAAAUCAGCGGCCUCUACUACUUGGUGGCCGUGCCCCAAGCGUGGUACUCGACCGUCAUGGCGGCGGGCGAGACCGGUUGGCUCGUCUUCAUCCUCAACGACGCCUUCUCGGUCGUCACGCGCCAGUACACGGCCGUCUACGCAACGCAGAGCAACUUGCUCGUGUGGGCAGCCACCGCCAUUUGGACACUGCUGUCGCCCGUGGCCUACACCGUCUCGAUUCAAAAUCGCUGCGCAGUAGUCGCGCUGGAUGCGCAGCUUGUCUGCCACGCUGGUGUCUUUGCGAUCGGCAGCACGCGCCGCCUGCUGUCCCUCUUGGGGCUUAUCUGCGCGCUGUUGCUCAUUUGGUUUGUGGUGCAGCGCCUGCGCUUUCCGCACUUGGCGCCACUCGCGAAGCGAUCGUACCUCUUGUACGCGACCGCCCGCUACCACUUUGCGACGGACGAGUGGACGCACAAGCAGAUUUACUACAUCGACCAGACCUCGGCCGUGCUCACGGGGCUCGUGAGUCUCCGAUGCGGCCGCGUCAUCUACGUCCUCGACAUCAAGUCGUGGCGCGUCUUUGCGAUCGAUGCAACGUCUGAGCUCGCCGAGGUCGCGGCGAAUCCCUCGCUCGCGCACCUCCGCGACGCGAUUCCACUCAAACACUAGUGCGAAAUAGAUAUAUCAAUGUAUCAACGGCGAGUGAUCGCCUUCUUGAGGUCAU